CUGAAAGUUGAUUGUUGCCGAUUGGAUGUACAUAUAUUCUGGGAGAUAGCAUUGCUUGGUUUCCUAAAAUUAAUUCCCUUUGAAUUAAUUCGCGCUUAUUAUUUGUUAAGUGCUAAAAUUAUUGUAGUAAAAACAUAAGGUUAAAUGCAAUAUAUCUUUUCGGGUUCUGUUUAACGUGGAAGAGAAUGAUAUCGAUGAAAUAAAAGAAGCGAAAGGAAGCAAGAAAAUGUGUAUAUGACAAUAUCUCGGUAUGAACUGAAGUGAUCGAUUAGACGUAAAAUUUUAGUGUCCCUUUUGAGAAAGAAGAAAACUCAAUGGAUUGUACGGAAAUGUUAGGCCUUCAUUUUAGUCCAACAUGUAUCACACUAAAAUGUAAUUCCAAAAGGGAUGUACACAACAAAAGAAUAAGAACAACAGAUGCUGCAGCUCCAGGCACUGGUACAUAUUCAAUUGCGAAAUUUGGAAAAACUCUUACGUAUAAAAGUUUAAACAAACAAAUGCAUCGCCACAAUUUCAAAUUAAGAAAAAGACUUCAUUCAACAAUACCUUCAGACGCGACAAACCUUUUGAAAGACUCAACAAAUUUUAAUAAAAUAGAUUUAGCAGGAGUUUCCAGUAAUUCUUCCAGAUCAGAUAUUCUCUCUUCCGAUGUUACUGUGUCAGCAAUGAAAUUGCCUUCACUAUCACCGGCUAAAAGAGCGUUCUCAUCAUAUUCGUUAACAUCUGAACCGGCGUUGAUAUCAUCGUUCAAAUUAAACGGGUUUGGUCAUGCAAUGCUGGUUAUCAAAAUUAUAGAAGUUAUAAAAAGAGUACUGUUGACGCAUAUUUUACCUAAAAUAGCGAUAUCAGAAAAAACAUUAAUUUUAAAUUCAACACAAGCCUCUUUAAACUUCCAGCUUUUAAAAGUACGAAAAGUUUUAUUUGCACUCGCUUUUUUCAUUUUUGUAUUUCACUUUGGAGUUGUUUUAGCUGAUCAAGUAAUUCUUUUGGAUACCACAAGAGAAGCUACCUUGGAGUGGACACGUUAUCCAUACGGACCGCAAGCUCAAACACCUGGGUGGGUGGAGGAGUCAUUCACAGACUUUGUCAAAGGCAUAAAUUGGAGAAGUUAUGUUGUUUGUGAUGUUGCAUAUAAUAAUGUAAAUAAUUGGCUGUGGUCACCUUUCAUCGACCGCGGUCCAGCAAACCGUCUUUACAUAGAAAUUCAAUUUACUAUUCGUGACUGUUCAUUAUUUCCAGGAAACGCACUAUCCUGUAAAGAAACGUUUAGUCUUUUGUUCUAUGAGUUUGAUGCUGCUACCCGUGAACCUCCACCCUGGCAAACAGACAGUUAUAAAUUAAUAGCGAGAAUAGCUGCCGGUGAGGGUCGAUUUAACCAAAACUCCGAUGUUGAUAUAAAUACAGAGGUUAAGAGUAUUGCUGUUACAAAAAAAGGUGUUUAUUUUGCAUUCCGUGAUCAAGGCGCUUGUAUAAGUGUCUUAGCCGUUAAAGUUUACUACAUUACAUGCCCGGCAGUAACGGAAAACUUUGCACAUUUCAAUGAAACCCCUACUGGCCGAGAAAUAACAAUAAUCGAAAAACAAAAUGGUACUUGUGUUGAAAAUGCAGAGCCGUACGAAAUCCCAACGUAUUUGUGUAAAGGAGAUGGAAAAUGGACGAUUUUAACAGGCGGAUGCCAUUGCAAAGUUGGAUAUGAACCAGAUUUCAUAAAUAAAACUUGCAUAGAAUGUCCUAUUGGAAAAUUUCGCUCCAAGGAAGUUAAUAUAUGUGUGCCAUGCCCUUCCAACUCCAAUGCCCCAAAAUCAGCUUCAGGGUUUUGUAAAUGCCUUCCUGGUUUCUAUCGACAUCCAUACGAUGGAAAGCAUAUGCCUUGUUAUAAACCGCCUGGACCUCCCACAAAUCUCACACUGUUAUUUGUUGAUCAAACGAGUGCAAUUCUAUCUUGGAAUACUCCCACGAAAGAAGUUUCUGAAUCUUCACCUCAUGUUAAACUAAAUAAAUAUCGCAGUGACGUUGUUUACAAAGUACGAUGUCUUUCGUGUUCAUCGAAUGUUGUGUACAAUCCAGCAUCAGACACGUUUAAUGAAACAAAAUUAACUUUAACGAAUUUAGAACCCGUAACAACAUACACCAUCCAAAUUCAUUCAUUGAACGGAAUUUCAUAUUUAGUGGACUCUGACAAUAACGGCAAUGAAUCUUUUGAUCAGCACAAUAAUUCCAUAAAUAUGGGUUAUAGUGAAGUAUUUUCCGAAAAUGCACUUGCAAAUAAUUUAAAAUCGUCGGGCAGUCUUGCUAACAGCCAACCUUACGAUUUAAGCCAAAUAAAAACGGAGUAUGCCGAAAUCAUAUUCACAACAGAAUCCGCUAUUCUUUCGACUGUGUUCAACGUUCGCGUUGUUUCAACAACAAGUAAAGAAGUCGAUCUCGUUUGGGACAAACCCGUGCAAAGCGAUUCUCCUAUUGAAUUUUAUGAGGUGCGCUGGUUUCCCAAACCAGAAUUGGAUGCAAUAAAUAAAACUGCUCUAAACACCAAGGACACAAAAGCACACAUUGAAGGAUUGAAUGAAAAUACAGAAUAUGGGUUUCAGGUGCGCUGCAAAACACUGAACGGUUAUGGUACUUACAGUAAUAUAGUUUAUGCGCAAACACACCAGGGUGUCAGUUUAGGUUAUGAGGAUUCUAUCCAUAUGCGCAUUGUUGCUGGCGCCACUGUUGCUGUUGUAUUCAUAUUAGUAUUGGUUAUUGUUGCUACAGUCCUGUUUUUACGUUCAAAGAACCAAGAUGACCUUGAUAAGAAAUCCAGCAAUCAUUUGCCUCUUCCAUUAGAUUAUACCAGCAAUGAAGUUCAUGCUAUGGAUACCACACCAAUCGUUAAAACCAUUCAGUCAAAUGUGACAACACCCCUCUUUGGCAACAGUCGCAGUUACGUAGACCCACAUACGUACGAAGAUCCUAAUCAAGCUAUUCGUGAAUUUGCUCGAGAAAUUGACGCGAAUUAUAUAACAAUUGAAGCUAUAAUUGGUGGAGGCGAGUUCGGAGACGUAUGUCGUGGUCGUUUAAAAAUACCUCCUAACUUCGUUCAAGACAUAGAUGUUGCCAUAAAAACGCUUAAACCAGGGUCGUCUGAAAAGGCUCGAUGUGACUUUUUGACAGAAGCAUCAAUUAUGGGGCAAUUUGACCACCCAAACGUUAUAUACCUUCAGGGAGUUGUGACGCGCUCCAAUCCUGUAAUGAUUAUUACUGAAUACAUGGAAAAUGGGAGCCUGGAUACGUUUUUGCGAGUCAAUGAUGGCAAAUUUCAGACGUUGCAGCUUAUCGUAAUGCUACGUGGCAUUGCUAGCGGUAUGUCUUACCUUAGUGACAUGAAUUACGUCCAUCGCGAUUUGGCAGCUCGAAAUGUACUUGUUAAUGCUCAACUUAUAUGUAAAAUAGCAGAUUUUGGACUAUCACGUGAAAUAGAGAAUGCCAGUGACGCAUACACAACGCGGGGUGGGAAGAUACCAGUUCGUUGGACAGCGCCUGAAGCUAUUGCUUUUCGUAAAUUUACAUCAGCGUCAGAUGUAUGGUCAUAUGGUGUUGUUUUGUGGGAAGUUAUGUCGUACGGUGAGCGACCGUACUGGAACUGGUCAAAUCAGGAUGUUAUAAAAAGUAUAGAGAAGGGCUAUCGACUUCCGGCACCCAUGGAUUGCCCUGAAGCAUUAUACCAGUUAAUGCUUGAUUGUUGGCAAAAACAACGCACCCAUCGACCAACAUUUUCAAGUAUAGUAUCAACAUUAGACAAUUUAGCUCGACAACCUCAAGCGCUGCUGACAACAAGAAAUUCCCCAGAAAAUGAUGGAACACAUAUCUUAGAAAGUCAACGUGGUCACAACAUAUUUAUAAGUACAGACUUGUGGCUGGAGAACAUUAAAAUGUCCCGAUAUUCACAGCAUUUUAAAGAGGCUAAUUUGGUGACUGCCCAACAGAUCUCCCGGUUAACGGCUCAACAACUAUCUGAUAUGGGUAUAACCUUAGUAGGGCAUCAAAAAAAAAUUCUACAUCAGGCCAGGCAGUUGGAUACUAUAAUUUAAGAUUAUUAAUAUUGUAUUUGUAGACUCGAAUCAGUGUAAAUAUGGCAUUAUUAUGAAAAAUAUCGUUUAAAAUAAUAAGUUCACUUAUUGUAAGUAUUAUAAUGUUAGAAGAAUUCUCGUACUAUGGGUUUUUUCAACCACUUUCUAAGAAACAAAUUAAUUUAUUUCUCGCACAUAGUCCUCAAAAAUCGAUUCACACCGCAAAUAUUGAUUAAAAUUUCUUAUAUAUCUUAAACAAGUUAUUAUUAAAAAUAAACACAUUUGCGAGGAGUCAAAAGACUUGCAACUACCAUUA